UUCUGCCCAAAAUAAGCGGAAACUAUCGUCACCAUGGCAAGUUGGUUCGGACACACGCAGACUGUCGCCAGCAUCUCCAAGUCCGUCACGACCGUGGCCGGUGGGAUCAUAUGCCUCGAGUCCAAUCUUAGCAACUUCAUGAAGAAGGUCAUCUAUUACGAAGGGUUCUUUCAACGUCGAAGCGGAAACCUCCCAGAAGACGUCAACUAUGCGGCGCGCAAACUCCUUCGACGAUGCCACGAAUACCGCGAAGCCAUCCGCGAAGAACUCCAGUCGAGUGUGGCAUACGUGGCAGACGCUGGACGGUGGGUUAUCGGCAUGGAAGACUGGAACACCAAGAUGGAGAAACGCAUGCAUCAAAUCUCGGAGCUCGUGCUCUUGGCCAACAGGUCCUCGUCACCAAGCAUGUCCCUUCAUGCUCAUGUAUCAUGUCCUUAGUCUCCUGGUGGAAUUUGCCGUAACGGGCGAACCCAUCUCGAACGAGUCGCUCAACGACCUGAGUGCGUACGUGAACGUGAUCACGAGCACCAUCACACUGCAGGACGACGCGUUAUUUCACGAUUCGCUCAAAGCUGCGGCACGACACAAGAUAGUGCCGACAGAUUCAUCUCGUACUCGUACAUCAUCAUCAUCCCCUGCUUCCAUCCCACCUCCCGUCUUGACGUCAAGUCCGGCGCCAUCGAUGGUGGUGCCGCCGUCGCCUGCCAACCGGUAUGACUCUGACAUGGCAGACAUGGACGACGACGACGACGACGACGUGCCCGCCCCCGAUGACGAAGAUCGAUUGAAUCCGUUCAACGUGAUGCUGGACACGUGCAAGCAGCCGCGGACGGAACCGAUGGCGAUUCCCAUGAACGACACUCGAUCGAGCGAUGGAAGUAGCAGCGGCGGGCGAUCGUUGUCGCAAAGCAGCAGCUCAUUUCCGAGUGAUUACUGCCAUUUGGAGCGCGAAUACGGCGACGAGUUGAGUGAGAUGACGUCGUUCUCGUCCACGGCGCCGCGGAAGGAAUGGCAGCCGCCGCCGCCAUCCAAGAAGAAGCACGCGGCGGCAGGCAAGCGGCCCCAUCACCCGUACGAGAACGCCGUGUACGACCUCACGGUAUCGUAUGACUUUCAAAAGGAGCGAAUGAGCAACCCGUUCGUGGCCAAGGCCGUGACAGUGGUAAGCCUGGGGCAUGGCACGCGUCGUUGAUGGAUGGAUGGAUGUAGGAGCGGAAGAGCAGCUUGGAUGAACACACAGUGACGAUCGUGGAAGAGGAGCUGGGGCAAGAUGAUGGCACCGACGAAGACGACAACGUCGACAUACUAAGGUCGCGAGAGUCCGUCCCGUCGUUUCUUCAAGCACGUGGAGAUCAAGGACGUGUACACGAAAGAUAAUGCAACAUCAUGUUAAUAUUCGAUUACAGAGAGAGAGAGAGAUAGAGAGAGACAAAACGGCGUCAGGGGAGAGGUGUCAUGCGCAACGUUGACACGAACUCGCGUUCUUUGAGGGAAAGGCCCCACACGGGCGACCCCUUGAAGUACAAUCGGUCAAUCAGCUGCUGGGUACUCUCGUCUGCCACCACUUGCGCAAACGAAGCGCUGUUGGCUUGCUGCAUCAACGUUUGGAGGUGACGGAUGUCGGCUUCUUCUGCACGAUACCCAGGUGUGAACUUGGCAGUGCCUUCCGAACGUGAUUUCAACGAGCCAUAGAAACCUCCUUGGCCUUCGGACGCAUGGCCUCCAGAGUACGUCGUAAAGGCGGCGCGCGGCAACUGGCGUCGCGACAUGCUUGACUGGAGGAGGGCCCGGGAGCGUAGGACGACCGCAAGCAUCUUUGCAAAUUCAGAUUUUGGA